CCCCGGGGCCGCCGCUGGAUGGAGUCGGGCUGCCUUCAAAAAGCAAUGGCUAUGGGUUUGACAUCGAAAAAGGCGUCUGCUCGGAGCUUCGGCGUGGAGAGAAAAAACCUCAUCACGGUUUGCAGAUUCUCCGUAAAGACUCUCCUGGAAAAGUACACUGCAGAGCCCAUAGAUGACUCAUCGGAGGAAUUUAUUAACUUUGCCGCUAUUUUAGAGCACAUCCUCAGCCAUCGCUUCAAAGGUAACACUGCAGGUUCCGGAAGCUGGUUCAGCUCAGAUGGACAGCGCAGCUUCUGGGAAUACAUCCGAGUGGCGUGCAGCAAGGUGCAGAACAACUGCAUCACCAGCAUUGAGAACAUAGAGAACAUCAGCACAUCGAGAGCCAAGGGCCGGGCGUGGAUUCGGGUGGCGUUGAUGGAGAAACGUUUUUCUGAAUAUGUGUCCACUGCUCUGAGAGACACAAGAACCACCAGGAGGUUCUAUGAUGAUGGAGCCAUUAUGCUGAGAGAGGAGGCCACGGUCCUGACUGGGAUGCUGAUUGGACUGAGUGCCAUUGACUUCAGCUUCUGUUUGAAGGGUGAGACUCUGGAUGGAAAAUCUCCAGCUGUGAUCGACUACACACCUUACCUGAAGUUUACUCAGACGUACGACUACCUGAGUGAUGAGGAGGACCGUCGCAGUGUGGACAGCAGCAAUAGCGAGGAGAGUGUCCCUGAACAUCCUUACAUUCCUCUGGUGACGGACGAGGAAAGCUGGAGCAACAAGUGUCGCAAGAUGGAGCAGAGGUUCAAGAUUGUUUACGCCCAGAAGGGUUACCUGGAGGAACUGGUACGUCUGCGGGAGUCACAGCUGAAAAAUGUGGAGAUGGAGAACAAGCAUCUGAGAACCAAGGUGGAGGAGCUGACCGUCCAGGGUCAACAGGAGAAGAAGGAGCUGGAGUCCAUUGUGCUGGAGCUUCAGGCACAGCUUUCAGCUUUAAUGCCUUGUGACUCGUCCCAUCUGGCUAAGGACCUCGCCAUCCCAUUGGUCAACCAGUGGUCCACCAUCACAAACAACCAAUGCAAUGUCAAACUGUUCCGCAGGAGGAGUUUCCACAGUUUGGAGCAGCUGUCUGCUGAGAUCAGUCUGAACUCUGACUCCCAGAAGACUGAUGGGAGACAGAACGGAGAUGCUGCCUGGACUUCAGCAGGAAAAGACAACACUCCCUCCAUGCUGGGUCUGUGUGGAUCUCUGGCCUCUUUGCCCAGCUCCAAGUCUCUGGCCAGCCUAAAGUCCAGUGAGUGCUUGGUCAACAUUAGCACUGAGCCCAGCCCUGCACUCUCUCCCAGCUAGGAGCUGCAAGCCAACCACAACUCAGCCUGUCUGCCUGGUGAUGCUGCGUCCACCAACUCCCUGCUCCUCUCAUCCCUCCAGCUCCAGGAGAGUCACGGCACCGUCUUUGGAUUUUUGCACACACAAGAUUGAAGUCAUUAAGCUGUAAGGUUCCAACUGUUUUAGUUGUUCUUUUUUCUUUUUUUUUUAUAAUUUUCCCAAACCUUAUCACUUGAACCGUCUUAUGCACUAUCCUGUUGUACUAUCUGUGAAUCUCUACAUUCAAUAUCAUACAAUUCUUCCUGAAGUCAUGUGACAAGUCAUCCAGUCUCAUCUGUGCCCUUAUGCUCUUCCUGUUAUUUUUUUCCUGUCUUUUGUAAAUGUGACUAAAACAGCAGAGGCUGCUCUGUUAAUGCAGCUGCCGAUAGAGAGAUGUGAUGAUUAUUGUCAGAGGAAAAUGAUAUUUACUAUGUAUAAGGUAGAGAAUGGGAUUUUACAUUGUCUUAUUCUGUCCUAUUGCAGUGUUUGUGUAUUAGACCAGUGGACCCUGACUUUUUUUGGACCCUGGACUGGUUUGGUGUAAGACAACAUUACCCAGAGUCUGGGUGUCAAUGCAAUUUUAAUGUGCUUAAAAAUAGAACCCACUGUUAAGCUGAAUCGGAGCCUCAUGUGAGAGCAAGCUUUCACCUGUGGACCAUACAUACUUACUUUUCUGUAACUCUUUUGACUCCAGGGUUUUUUGUUGUUGUUUUAUUAGGAUCAAAAUAUAUAUUUUUAGUUGUCUCUAGAUUUUGUGAUGUAUCUUGGUAGGGGACGACCAUCGUGACAUAUUGAGAAUUGGUGACAGCGAAUUUAGUCAUUUUUAAAAACAAAUACAUCUUUUACUGUAAUGAUCAAUGGCACAAAAACAUGUUGUUUUCGUGCCAUUGUUUGUGGCCCUGUACUCAGUGACCCACUGCUUCUAGUCCGGGGCCCAUAGGCCGGGGACCUUUGUGUUAGUAUGAAAAGAAUCUUGGGUCUGCCACCUUUCAAUUGGCAUAUUAUUCCACACACACUCUUGCACUCUUUUUGAGCCAUUGGGUUUGUGAAUCUGUUUUCAUUUACUCUAUAGCAUAUAGUUUACCUUCUAAACUGUACCAUUUAUUUAUUUAUUUGCUAUUUACUUUAUUGUUUUUGUUGUAAUAAACAGUCUCUUUUCCAUG